AUGGUUGAUCGACGAUCGGAUUCUGAGAACGGUUCGCGUGCUAAACGUCAAAAGAUGGACAAGUCUGAAACCGAUCCCAAGGACAACCCGUACCUGGCUCACAUGUAUGCGGACAACGGCAACUCCAACACAUGGACCGAUGGCACCACAGAUCUUCACCCCGCCUUUGGGAAGAUGAAGAGGCACCAGACCACCGCUGCGUUGGCUAAGAAGGUGGAAGAUGGCGAUAUCAACCCUUUCAACGGUCAACCCUUCUCCAGCAAAUAUGUUUCUAUCCUGCAGACUCGUCGCGAUCUGCCCGUACAUGCUCAGAGAGAUGAAUUCUUGGAGCUUUACCAAAAGUCGCAGAUUUUGGUCUUUGUCGGUGAAACUGGUUCCGGAAAGACCACGCAGAUUCCCCAAUUCGUCCUCUUUGAUGACAUGCCGCAAACUCAGCGCAAGAUGGUUGCUUGUACCCAGCCUCGUCGUGUCGCCGCCAUGUCCGUCGCUCAACGUGUCGCCGCCGAGUUGGAUGUCAAGCUUGGAGAGGAAGUCGGUUACAGCAUCCGUUUCGAAGAUAUGACCAGUUCCAAGACUGUGCUCAAGUACAUGACGGACGGUAUGCUUCUGAGAGAAGCCAUGAACGACCACAACCUUAACCGCUACAGUACCAUCAUUCUGGACGAAGCCCACGAGAGAACAAUGGCUACUGAUGUCCUCAUGGGUCUUCUCAAGGAAGUUGUGCUGCGCCGGCCUGACUUGAAGAUCAUUAUCAUGUCUGCUACUCUGGAUGCACAGAAGUUCCAGCGUUACUUCAACGAUGCCCCUCUCCUUGCGGUUCCCGGUCGUACUCACCCUGUCGAGAUCUUCUAUACCCCUGAGCCCGAGCAGGACUACGUCGAAGCUGCCAUUCGCACCGUCCUGCAGAUCCACGCGACAGAAGACGAAGGUGAUAUCCUUCUCUUCUUGACUGGUGAAGAAGAAAUUGAAGACGCCUCACGGAAGAUCUCGUUAGAAGCCGAUGAAAUGGUAAGAGAGGCUGAUGCUGGGCCUAUCAAGGUCUACCCUCUCUACGGUAGUCUGCCCCCGCAUAUGCAGCAGCGCAUUUUCGAACCGGCUCCCCCUGCCCGCCGUCCGGGAGGCCGUCCCGGCCGGAAGGUCAUUGUGUCCACCAACAUCGCUGAAACUUCGCUUACCAUCGACGGUAUCGUCUACGUCGUCGAUCCUGGUUUCUCGAAGCAGAAGAUCUACAACCCCCGUAUCCGUGUCGAGUCUCUUCUGGUGUCUCCCAUCUCCAAAGCCUCCGCGCAACAGAGAGCUGGUCGUGCUGGUCGUACGCGCCCCGGAAAGUGCUUCCGUCUGUACACCGAAGGAGCCUUCAAGAAGGAACUCAUUGACCAGACAUACCCCGAGAUUCUGCGCUCCAAUCUUUCUUCUACCGUGCUGGAGUUGAAGAAGCUAGGCAUUGAUGAUCUUGUCCACUUCGAUCUGAUGGAUCCUCCUGCUCCGGAGACUCUGAUGAGAGCUUUGGAGGAACUCAACUAUCUGGCUUGCUUGGACGAUGAUGGAAACCUCACUCAGCUGGGUCGCUUGGCCUCUGAGUUCCCCCUUGAUCCCGCACUUGCUGUGAUGCUGAUCAGCUCCCCCGAAUUCUACUGCUCCAACGAAAUCCUUUCGAUCACAGCUCUGCUUUCCGUCCCCCAAGUCUUCGUCAGACCUGCUUCUCAGCGGAAGCGUGCCGAUGAGAUGAAGGAUCUCUUCGCCCACCCCGACGGUGACCACCUUACCCUUCUUAAUGUCUACCAUGCCUUCAAGAGCCCCGAAGCGCAGGACAACCUGAAGCAGUGGUGCCACGACCACUUCCUCUCUCUGAGAUCGCUGCAAUCCGCAGACAACGUGCGCAUGCAGCUUCUGCGCAUCAUGGAGCGUGAGGAACUCGAGAUGGUGUCGACCCCCUUCGAGGACAAGAAGUAUUACGAAAACAUUCGCCGUGCGCUGUGCGCCGGCUUCUUCAUGCAGGUCGCCAAGAAGGAGACUCAGGGCAAGAACAUGUAUGUCACGAUCAAGGACAACCAGAACGUUCUCUUGCACCCCUCGACCGUCCUGGGCCACGAAGCAGAAUGGGUUCUCUACAACGAAUUCGUUCUCACCACCAAGAACUACAUUCGGACUGUCACGGCCGUCAAGCCCGAAUGGCUCAUUGACAUCGCACCCACCUACUACGACAUCUCCGGCUUCCCCAAGGGCGAGAUUCGCUCCUCCCUCCUUCGCGCUGCCGAGAGACUUUCCCGCAAGGAGAAGAUGCGCUCUGAUUCCAGCAGAAGACGAUAG